CGCGGGGGUGGCUCCCCCUGCGCGGGGAGGACCGAGCCCGCCUCCCCUCGCCCCGGAGCGGGCUUCCGCCACCAUGUCCCUGGGGCCGGGCUCCGGCUAGAGCCGGGCUCCGAGGGCGGCCGGCCGCACACCUCGAGGCAGCCCCGGCCCGCGGCUCCCAGCGCAAUCUGGACUCUCCGGGCUCCGGCCUCGCCACUCCUCCUCCUCCUCCUCCUCCUCCUCGUCCUCGUCUUCGCUCCGCGCUGCCGCCGGCCGCGUCCUAAGGAGCCCGAGCGGGGCAGCAGCGCCGCCCCUCACGCCGCCGCCUCCUCCUCCUCCUGCUGCUGCUGCUGCUGCUGCUGCUCCUCGGCGCCCUCCCACUCCCACCCGGGCCUGCGGAGCGUGCGGACCGACUGAGCGCGGCGGCCCCGGGGGCGAGGCAGGAGCGGCCGGAGGGACACCCGCCGACCGCGGGCAGCAGGAUGUCUGAGCGAGCGCCCGCCGCCCGCCCCGGCCCGUGACUCGUCCGCUCCGGACUUUGUGUCUUUGCCGAGGGGAGCCCGUGCUGUGCAGCCGCCGCCUCUGCCCUUGGCCGCCUCUUCCGGCGGGAUCCCCGAGGAGCCCGGCGUGCCCCGGCGCCCUCCCGCCUCGUCCUCACCAUGUCCAAGAUGCCGGCCAAGAAGAAGAGCUGCUUCCAGAUCACCAGCGUGACCACGGCCCAGGUGGCCAGCAGCAUCACCGAGGACAGCGAGAGCCUGGACGACCCGGACGAGUCGCGCACGGAGGACGUCUCCUCCGAGAUCUUCGACGUGUCCCGCACCACCGACUACGGGCCCGAAGAGGCGUGCGAGCGCAGCUCCUCCGAAGAGACCCUCAACAACGUCGGCGAGGCGGAGACCCCCGGGGCCGUGUCCCCCAACCUGCUCCUGGAUGGGCAGCUGGCCGCGGCGGCGGCGGCGGCGGCGGCUCCUGCCAACGGAGGAGGAACCGUGCCGGCGCGCACCGUCGCCGGGGCCCUGGCCAGCAGCCUGGUGACGGCGGCCGCCCCGGUCUCGGGCACCCCGGCGGCGGCUGCGGCCCCGAUCUCGGGCCCCCCGAUCUCGGGCGCCCCGCCUCCGCCCCCCGCCGCUUGCAGCUCCCGCUUUCGCGUCAUCAAGCUGGACCACGGCAGCGGGGAGCCGUACCGGCGCGGCCGGUGGACGUGCAUGGAGUACUACGAGCGGGACGCGGACGGCAGCGUGCUCAGCCGCUCCGGGGACUGCAUCCGGCACAGCAGCCCCGCCGAGCCCGCGGCCGAGCGCGACAGCGGCCUGGGCGCCACGGGCGGCUCGGUGCUGGUGCUGGUGGCCUCGGUGCAGGGCGCGCACGGGCCCGACUCGGGCCCUGACAGCUCGCUGGCUGCUGUGUCACAGCCGCUGCCCCCGCCGGACAAGGCGAGCCAGGCCGCCCCGGGCCCGCCGGCCUUCGGCGUCGCCCCGCCGCCGCAGCAGCAGCAGCAGCAGCCCCCGCCGGCCGCAGCCGGGCCCGGGGCUCCGCCGUUCGCCGCAGUGGCCGCCGCGCUGCCGGGCCAGCCGCAGGGCGCCCCGCCGGGCCCCGGCGCCCAUGUGGCCCAGGCGCAGGCGGCGCUGGCCUUGCCUCCGCAGCCGGGCCCGGCGGUGGCGCAGCAGCCGCAGCCCCCGCCGGCCGCGCCGCCGCAGCCCUUCGUGUACCCGCAGGCCCCGCGAGCGGCCGGGCACGUGUUGGCGCCCUCGGGCCCCGGCGAGUACCUGCAGCAGCAGCAGCAGCAGCAGCACGUAGGCGGCGGCCUGCAGGCGCCCGGCCCCGCGCAGCCCCCGGCCGCCGCCUUUGCCGUGGCCCCCAGCCACAACGCCCCGUCGGUGGGCCCGCCGCUCCUGGGAGCCCCCGGCCAGCCCAGCGACGCUCUGGCCCUCGGCCCGGGGCCCCAGGCUGCCCUGGGGGGCGUGGGGCCGCCCCAGUCGGUGCCUGCGCCGCCCGUGGGUGGCAGCGGGCAGCUGGCAGCCCUGCCUGGCGGCCCUCACGCCUUGGUGCCCGGAGUUCCCAACGUGCCUGCAGCCGCGCCCGCCCCCAGCGUGCCUGGUGUGUCUACCACUUCUGUUACUAUGCCAAAUGUCCCCGCGCCUCUGGCCCCGGCGCAGCAGCUGGGCAGCCUGGCGCACGCGGGGCUGCCCCUGGCGCCUGGCACGCACAGCGCCCCCGCGAGUCUACCACAGUCGGACUUAAGCCAGUUUCAGACUCCAGCCCAGCCCCUGGCCGGGCCAGCUGACGAUACUAGAAGAAAGUCUGAACCCCUACCUCAAGCGCCGCUCGCUCUCGCUGCGGAGAACAAGCCCGUCGGGAAGCCUCCCGCCGCAGACGCCCUGGCCAACCCGCUGCAGCUGACGCCCGUCAACAGCCUCGCCGCCUCCGUGUUCAGCAUAGCGAUCCCCGUGGACGGCGACGAGGACAGGAAUCCUUCAACUGCUUUCUACCAAGCGUUCCAUUUGAACACGUUUCAGGAAUCAAAGAGCCUCUGGGAUAGUGCGUCUGGGGGAGGUGUUGUAGCCAUUGACAACAAAAUAGAACAAGCAAUGGAUCUGGUGAAAAGCCAUUUGAUGUAUGCAGUAAGAGAAGAAGUGGAAGUUCUAAAGGAACAAAUAAAAGAAUUAGUUGAAAGAAACUGUUUACUUGAACGAGAAAAUGCACUGUUAAAAGCCCUGUCCAACAACGAUCAGUUAUCCCAACUCCCAGCCCCAGCGGCCAAUGCUGGCAGCACUUCUCAGCAGCAGGCAGCCACAGCACAGCCUCCGCAGCAGCCUCCGCAGCAGCCGAACGUGUCCUCAGCAUAAAGCUUCCUUACGCCUCGUCAAGACAAAAACUGAGAGCAAUCUAUCCUUGUGUGCCACUGGUGUUCUUUCCACUUUGUACGAACGCAGGUAGCCAUGCUUCGGUUGUGUGUUUGGCCUUUUCAGUAUUAGACAAUCAUCCUCCAGGAGCUUUUCCUCUCUGAGAUGUCAUGCACCGCUGUUGGUUUCCAGUUCUGUGUCAUCAGUACACGAGGAAAAUAAUAGACGGGGUUUAUUAAAGCGAGCAGUCUGCAUUUUCCCUGGUGCGCAUGAACGGGAUCGUUGCGAAUUCUGGUGGCUCUCCCACAUUUCCUCUUUCCCAUGCAUUUGCCUGGAGCCUUCCUGUCACAUUAUAAAUAACAGUUCAUCCAGAGAGCCACUUUUCUUUCACUAUCAGUAACAUUGCCUACGUAAGUUUUCAUUUAUUUGUGUUUUAUUUAUUACAGGGCUGCUAUUUUCAUAAUGUACAUGAACAAUGUCACAGAACUUUUUUUAAUUUUUUUGAUUCUAAGUAUCAGUAAAGGGAUUGAGAGACAGGAUUACAUUUAAUAGAUAAACCGUUUAGGCAAUAAUUGAACAAAAAGAAUCCUGGCAUAUUUCUAACACUAAUGGCAAUUAUCUUUGGUAUUUAUUUCCAGUAGUAAAGAGCCAGCUUGAAUGUAAAUUUUGUAUAGUGUAAGUAUGAAGAACUUAGUGCAACUGUACAGGUAGUCACCAGUUAUUGUGAUAUAAUAAAUAAUUGGGCUAUUUUGAUGAAGAAAACUUUGUUCAUUUGUUUCUACUUUCUAAUAGAGAAAUUGCCACGAUUCCUCUGCUUUUCGACAUUUCGUAUGACUUUUUUUUUCGGGUGGGAAUAAAAAGCUGUGAAAUUGUUCAACCUACUUUGUAACCAAAGAAGCAAAGCUGUGUAAUGGAGUUUUGUUUUUGUUUUUGUUUUUUUUUUUUAUAAUGCACAUUCUUUAUGUAUUUUUAUUUAGUGUUUCCUUGGUCACAAUUUCUUUGCUGUCUAGCAUGAUCUGCAUGACCUAUAAUCUUUGAACCACUUUCGUACCUCAUGUUUUUAUCCAGCACUCUUAUGUAAAGUGUACUAGUCUGUGAACAAUGUCAAAUCAAAAAGAAUGGACAGGUAGUUUGCUGGAGCUGAGCUAGUGUGCAAUACACUAGGUGUAAAAAACCAUGAAGUGAGCCAGCCUUUGUUCAUUUAAAAUGGUGUUUCGAUUUUCGUAUGCAGAACACGUUUUGUUACAUUGCAGAUUUUAAUGUAUUUAAUAAAUGCAACAUGCAGAUUAAGUGCAGUGUAUACUGAGUAUUUAAAUUAAAAUGUACAUUUCAUAAAUACAGUUUCAAGAAAAAGCAUCAUUUUGUGUAUACUAACACAUUAAGUGUAUGUCAGAAAUUGAUGUAUAAAUAUAUAUUUUAACACAUUUUCUGAAAUUAAACUGCAGUUUUGUUGAAAUAUUUGGCUCCACAUGUGUUCACAAUUUGACUAGGUUUGUAUUUUCAUAGUUCGAAGUAUUACUUAAAUGAAAACCUCUGUUAUUAGUGACUUAAUCAUAGUUCUUGAAUUUUCAAAGAUAAAGAUUGCAAGAAUGGUGAGCAAUAUUUGUACUCAAUAUUCAUAUUAUGUUAAUGAUAUGAAUAGGAAAUCCUUGUCUACCAAAACUUUUACUUGAAUUCAGAAAGGUGCCUGUAGAAACCCACACACGCUGUGUCUGUAGCCAGCUAGCUGACUCGAUUAGUUAGCUCUCCGUGUCAAAGAGGGGCAAGCAUUCUGUGUCUGUUCAAAAUAAAAACCAUGUUAGCCACAAACAAAAGGCCUAAAAUCAGGGUGUACGUGGGAUUGCCCAAAUGUUUUAUGUUCUUGUGCUGCAAGAUGUGUAGUGAACAGAUUUUUUUUUUAAUGUUCAUUAUUUACAUUAGAAAUAAUUAAGAGGAAUAAGUGCACAGGAUGUGGAGUGAGAUGCUGAGUCCACCGUAGGCGAGAUAAAGUAGGAGACUUUGCUGUUUAAAUGGUCAGAGGUACCAGUGCGGCACACUUACAGAGAAACUAGAGCAGAAGGCAGCUGGAAUUUUUGUGGAAAUAAAAGAUAAGCUUUGAUUCUGAAGAUGUGCAAACACUAUAUAAGUUGAGAAUAAUAGCAGUCAGCAAGGAAUUGGUUUGAUAGGCGAAGGAUUGAAGUUGAGACUAAGCAAUUGUUACUGUUUUUACAUUUAAGAAAAUGUAAAGGAAAUACAGCAUGGGUAGCUCACGUAAGAAAUAAUGGCAGUUCCUAAAGUUUCGGCUUGUACUUGGAACCUGAUGUGAAUUAACAUUCUUGACAAAUUGUUGUUAAACAGGGCAGUGUAGAAACACAAGCUUUCCUGUGUACUAUGAGAAGUAACUUGGCAAUAUGUUUCAAGAGCCUUAAAUAUUAAUAAAGUUCAUUUCAGUGAUGUAAGAAGAUCCUCAACUCUCGUGCGGUAUUCAGAAACACGAAGUUAUUACAGUGUCUGCUCUCCCAUACGUCCGUCCUUCCCUUAGAGCCUGCACGCCUGCCUCCCCCACACCCAGAAAAUGCUGUGCUAGGAAGCCUUUGCAUCCACAUGGGCCCUCAGGAGACACACCCCACUCUCCAGCAUGAAAACAAAUUUAGAAUGAGACAACUCUUAGGCUUUCCAGCAUCUGGCUGAUACGUUGUAUAUGGAAACCUCCAGCAUGCAUCCAACUGGUUGGUCUAUGUGGUUUUCCCUUGUAGAACUAGGGGUCCCCUGCCCAGCAGAGGGGGAUCACGGCCGAGGAACCAGGUUGAAAGUACAUGAGAACGCCGCCUGCUUUCACAUUGUUGGUGCAGUGACCAUAGAGCACUGUUUGGUCAAGAAUCUAUCUGAUUCAGGAAUACCAAUUAUGAUUCAGGCCUAACUUUUCCCCAAAGAAAAAUCCAUUUAAAAUAAUUCUAAUGUAAUCACAGUUUGACAUGCAUACAAAAGCAGGGAGUGGGAGGCAGUAAGUAUUCGGUUAUUUUAAUAUAACUAAGUUAAAACUGAAUUUAUCCAAGUUGAUAUCUAUUACUCUAAUUAGAAGUAUUCAGUAUGUGUUACAAGCAAGUCCCCAGUGAUAGUGGGGACUGUCCCUACCAUUAUGAGAACUUUCACAAAUCGGUGUGAAAUACUUCAAGUUUCAACAUUACUAAUCAGCAUAUCUGUUAUUAGUGGAAAUAGUAUUUGUUACUCAGAAAUCAAAUAGCUCGUUUGAAGAUGAUCUUAAAGUCAAUAUUUAGAAAAAAGUUUUAUUGCAUAAUGGCUACAAAUGGAUUCUGUUCUCUUCGGGAAUUCUGAUAAAAGGACAAAGUCCAGGCUCAUAAAUUCAGUGUUGCCCAGGCUGUAGACAGGCCAACUGCUUCAACGCAGCAAGGAAUAUUGGCCGUUCUAUGCCCUUCAGGGUGGAUGGUUUUUGUCAGGGUAGGUUUUCUGAAGAAGGGUGACACCUGCGUCUUAGAAGGUCCAGUUAGCCCAGGAUAAGAACUUGCCAAGCACAGGAGUGAUUAAAGGACAGCACAAACAGACAAGGAUCCUUGGGAGGCGGCACAACUCCCCAUCAACCUUCCCGGCUUUGGCAUCUGUUCCGAAACCAGUGAAUUUAAGGAAUGGGGUAUGGUGCUUGAUUCCAGUGCCAGAUGGAAGUUAGAUUAACAGAGCUGAAAAGAAGCUAAGAAAUGAUUGAGAUACAGCAAAUCAUCCAAGCAAGAUAACUAGAAAGGCAAAGUUAGGCAAUUUUGUGAAGCUCAGGAAGGAAAUUUGUGUGUCACUGUGCUCGCUCCCCCAACAUUCCCUACAUCAGGUGCCCUGUUUCCUUGCUCCCUCGUUGGGGGGGGGGGGGGGAAUUCAUACUUUAAAGUUUGAGACUGUAUUUCUAUGGAAUGAAAGCCUUUGUUUCACGUUCAAGGAAUUUCAAGAAUUUAACAAGAGGGUAGGGGAAAAAUAGAAGCACUUUGGUGGUCACUUUAUGCCUCUCUAAAUUUAACCCUAAAGGUAAACAAAAUUGAAUGCUUUUGUAGUGACUAGGAUUAGCAGAGCUGCAAAGGCUGUGAGUAAGAGCUUUCCCUGCUCCCUGCAAGGAGAAGGGUUCUGGCCCCAUGCAGAUCGUGACAGCCUGAGUGAGGAAGGUUUUCUAGGCGUUUGCUUUUCACCCUUUGACAAAGGUUGAUCUCAGCAGGCAGCUUCUGCAUAAAUUCCCUGUCUGCAGAACGGGGCCAUCUUGUAACUGUCGCAAAGCACCGACUGAUCCAGUUUUCUGUUUUCUAGCAAUAAUGAGUUUAUUCCCUGCUAACACAUGUUUCGCUUUAUCUACCCUUUUAGACAUUCCAGGAUACAUCCCUCUCUAAUACUUUUCUAUACCAGUUCAUAUCAUUUCAAUCCCAAGACCUCUUUUAAUGCAUGAAUUUCCUUUGUAAAUAGGAGAAUUGCUAUGCAAACGUUUUCAUAGCUGUUGACCUAGUAAGGGUACAACUGAUAUGACCUGCCGUGUUCACAGACAAGAAGUGGUGAGUGGGGCGCUAUACAAAGCAAUUGUAAGUUCAGACAUUCUUUUUGUUUUUUAACAGAAUCAUCCAAAAAUAAAACCUUUUGAGAUUAGUGAUGGAGAAAGAGUUGCUAUUUUGCAUUGGUACAGUCCACUUGGUGACUGCAUUUCUUUUAUAUAUCUGGAUGGUGAAUUAACUUUUAUAGAGUUAGGCAGUUUAGGGGAAUUCCCCGACGCUCUGAAAACAUGGGACCAGACUUCCUCGAGUUUACGGACCAACAGCUUGUCUUCAGGAACAAGCCUCCCUGUGAAGGAGGGAAAGAAAAGGUGUGCUAACUCAGACCCUGGGAAUAACUGACUUUGAAAGCAAGGCAAGGCUGCCCUUUUGCUUGGCCCUCCGGGAAGCUCAGGCACCUUGUACACGCCCGUCUUCUGCACUCCUGCAGUGCUUCCACAUAAAAUGCCCUGGGCCACUGCAGUUUGGAAGGAUCACAGGUCUCGCUGUCAUUUCCAAAUCAAGCAAUGGUCUGUAGAUGAGGUCACACCUGAGGCUUUCUCUGGACGGCCCGGGACCUGACAUGGCCACAUCGUUGGGCAAGAGAUUAUACCCAGUCAGUGUUGAAUUCUACUUUUAUUGUUUAAUCACUAUCGGGUGGCAUACUUGCAUGGACAAAAAACACUCCCGAGAUGCAGUUCCGGUCUGUUUCACUGUAGCUGCUGCACCUCUUCUGAGUAAAUGGGAAUGGAAAGAGGAAUGAAAAAGCUUAAGUGCCGUAUGUUUACUCUAAACACAUAUCAUAAUGUGUAGACCUCAUGUCAUUGAUAAAAGAGUCAUAUAAGUCAACGGAAAUACUGCCAUGUGAAAACCUUUUGCCAGGAAGCAAGUUAGAAUCACCAAAACAGCUUUCCACCAAAUAAAACUCUUAGAAAGAGGGGAGUUGGUAAAAGCCUCUGAGAUGGCCCCUGUAGAGGAGGAACUACCUGAAAGAGGUGUUUACACAUGCUUAAUACUUUCAGUCUGUAGCUAAUGGAGCUGAUUUAGAUCAAACUUCACCUAGAACAGGAGUUGUGUGUUGGGAAUUAAAUCACCAAUCAUCUCAGAAGCACCACUGUCAAGCUUGGCUGACAAAAUCCGCUCCCAUUCGGUGAAUCAAGAGUAACUCAGGUGCCUGUAGCCAAAAACAAAGUCUCUUAUAAGAGCUGAGGCUCCAGAAAUAAACACAGAUAUACACUGAGUGAAUGAUGAAAUGACAUUUCAAGCCAGUAAGGAAAUAAUGAGUCUGUCAUUUUUUGAUGGGACAUUGCUUUGAAAAAGUAAAAGCUGUAAAAACACAUAAGCAAAUAGUUUUAUAAAUAUGUGAUAACAAAAUUUCCACCUUGGCAAAAUCAGGAAAUUACACACUAGAACACAGACUAUCUCAGGUCCGAUUGGUAAGCAUUAAAAAUACAUGUAAAUUAAGCUCUGGCAAGGAUGUGGGAAAACAGAAAUCCUAAAGGGUUUAUGGUAAGUGUACAAAUUGGUAUGGCCGCUUUUCAAAGCAGCCUGAUA